UUCACAUACUAGAUUGUACAAGUUCUAUCGUGUACAGACAUGCCUGAUGCCUACCUAUAGUCCAAUAUACAGUAUACUAGAUUGUGAUAUCUCCAACGACAGUUGUUGAAGCCGCUGGCCAUGAAGCAAUCACGAAGGGAGGAAGUGGACGACGAUGUGAGCGUUGGUAAGAAGGAGGAAGAAGCAGGAUACUGCAGCAGCAGCAGCAUCUCACGCCUCCCAGAGGCAUGCCUGGCUCAUGCAAUCUCCUUCACCACUCCCACGGACGCCUGCCGCUGCUCCGCCGUCUCCGCCGACUUCCAAGCAGCGGCGAGCUCCAACGCCGUGUGGGAGCGCUUCCUGCCGCCGGACUACCACUCCAUCCUCGCUCGAGCCGACGAUCCUGUGGAUUUCACCACUUCCAACAAGGAGCUCUUCCUCAGCCUCGCCCAGGACCACGUCCUUCUCGACCAACGCAGCAAGAGUUUUUGGUUGGAAAGAACAAGCGGAGCUAAAUGCUACUUGCUAUCAUCCAGAUCAUUAGAGAUAGCAUGGGGGGAUGAUGCCCGGUACUGGAGAUGGAUCUACUUACCCGAUUCCAGGUUUGAAAGAGUAGCUGCGCUUGUAUUUGUCUGCUGGUUCCAUUUGCGUGGCCGCAUCAACUGCAGAGAGCUCUCACCCAACACACGAUACAUAGUCUAUCUCAUCUUCAAAUUGGCAGAUAAAUCAUACGGGCUUGACUGCCGGACACAAGAGGCAUAUAUCACCAUGGACGAUCAAGUAGUGUCUGCCAAGCGCACCGUCUCUCUGCACCCACGCACGCAAGAGACACCUCUUGACAUGGGUAGAAGCGAAGUAGGACGAGCAGAGGAGACAGUGAGCUAUCCGAGAGAACGGGGUGACGGCUGGAUGGAGGUACAACUGGGGCACUUCUACAACCACCAAGGAGAUGGAAUGGUUGUUAUCAACCUGCAAGAGAUCGUCCAGCUCAACUCGAAGAAAGGACUUAUCCUCGAGGGUAUGGAAAUUAGACACAGCAUUGGUCCUUAAGGAAGAACUGAAAAAUGGAGCAAGUAUGUUAAUUAGAAGACAAAAUUAAAUAAUGCAGUGUUGAAUAUGCACAAAGAGGAGUCAUGAUACAGCCAGCGGUAAGUGAUCAGUUGCCGCUCCUAAGCCAAUGAACCAGUACCAAUAAAUUGAUUGGAACAAUUUAAAUUCAACUUUGGAAGUAUGCCAACUUCAUCUUCUCUUUCAAGUUUAUUUGUUGUUACAUUUCUGAAGGAAAAAGAAAUACUCACAUCCAGUUCUAGAAUUAAAUCAAUUGCCACAUUUGUGGUGGAACUAUUGUAUGUUAUAUACUUUUUUUGUGAAGCAUGUCCCUAUGGAUUAUAUCCCUACAAUCAUUAUGAUCUAUUUGUGAUGUAUUAAUGUAUUUUAUAUGUCAGAUCUUUUUUCUUUUCUCAUGUUAAAAUUUCUGACCGAUUACUGGUAA